CUUUCUCCACACCACUGCGCCACCCACCGCGCCAUCCUCGCUCCGUGGAACCGAUCUCUGCUUCCCAUCACCUGUGGACCUCGGUGCACCGGGCCUGCGAGGCAAUGAGCAGCGGCAGCUCGGCGCUGGAGUUCAGCUCAGUGGUGGCCACAGAGGAUGCGGCAUUUGGGGGCCAUCGAGACUCGACGCCCGGAGUCAGCACCGCAGCGGGAGGAACUCAGAGAGGCGCUGGAAGCAGUGUGGAAAGCAUGACAGACUUGCGGCGCCAGGUCGAAGCGAUCUUCACCUCGAAGCUGGGAGAGUCCGACUCUUUGGAGCGGCAGAGCUACAUCGAAGUGCUUCAGAGUAUUGGUGGUACCUUGCAGGAGGCCAAUGUCCUUCUCAAGGAGUACCCAGAAGACUCAUGGAUUUGUGUGAAGGACUUCUUGGACAUUCUCUUCAGCCCUUCAGAGGCCAGCCUGAAGCGCUACUUCGAGAAGGCUUACAAGGAAGGCGGUGUGUUCUAUCACGAGGAGUAUGAACACGAUGCGGAUGACUGGUGCUGGCUCCACAAGGGGUCUAACAUCAAGGUCUGGCAAGAUGCGCUUGAUCUGACGCAAGCUGGUGCUGGUGGUGCUGGUGGUGCUGGUGACGUAGAAUGCUUUUUCCACUACACCACGGAGCUCGGCUUUCACAACAUUACCAACGAAAGCAAAGAAUUGGUGGAAGUCUUCGCAUCUUUGGUCACAGAGGGUAAAAAGGCCAAUGCCUGGUGGGGCCGAGGUGUCUACUCCGUUCGGAAAGCACCGAAUCAAUGGCCCAACAUCGAGACCCUGCUCGAUAAUAAUUACAGAAACAUGAUGAAGCGUGACAUCGAACUGAAAGGCCGCGAGGCAACGGUAGAGGAAUAUCACUCCAGAGUUGCCUAUUGCAUCCCCAUGUUGGUGGAUGCAUGCUGCGCGUAUGAUGUCUCAAAACGACAGACGCCGGAAAUGGUUGAGAAGGCUCGAAUUGGAUUUGCCAUGGCUUGUGUAUUUGUUUGCAACUGUGUGAAACUAUCUUUGUGUUCGUGCGUUUUGCUGCUUGUCUUCCGCACAGGGCAGGCCGAUCGGAGUGCAGCGCACCAAGUUCACUUUUGCACCAUUAAAAAAGCUUCCAUGUCCAAAUUUAGACUUAUCUACAGCCGGCCAAGGAAUCUGGCUGGCAAGCUGCUGAAUGAACCUGGAAUGCCGCCAAGAGAAUGCAUAGUUGUCCGAGUACAACAGGAGGAGAAGGUCGGCCAUGCUAGAGCAGUGCUGGUGGAAACGCUCCGCUGCCGCGCCGAAGCCAUCACCACCCACCUGGGCUCAGAGCAUGCUGAAACCCUUUUGGCGUUAAGCCGGCUCGCGUCCGUGCUGGAGGACCGCGGCGCCCUGGCCGAGGCGGAGACGCUGCGGCGGCGGAUCCUGGCGGCGGAAGAAGCGCAGUUUGGUCCCGAGUAUCCGAACACGCUCAGUGCGCUGAACAAUCUGGCGCUGGUCUUGACGCGUCGCGGCCAGUGGAAGGAAGCGACAGACUUGUACCGCAGGGUGGUGGAGGCGGACGAGCGUCUCCAUGGAGCUGCGCAUUUGGAGACGCUGGUGCCCGUGGCGAACUUGGCGGUUGUGCUGAGGCUUCAAGGCCAAUUGGCCGAGGCGGAGGCGCUGCAGCGCCGGGUCCUGACGGGCCGCGAGGAACAGCUGGGGUCGAAGCAUCGAGACACCUUAGUGUCAUUGAACAACCUGGCACUCGUGCUUCAGAGCCAGGGCAAGUUGGAUGAAGCGGAGCCCUUCGCCCGGAAAUGCAUGGAGGGAAGGGAAGCUCUUCUUGGAGCAGCACAUCCAAGCACCUUGAUUUCCAUCAACAACCUAGCCACGCUUCUUUACGAGCAAGGCAAGCUCCAUGAAGCAGAAGAGCUGUUCCGAAGAGCUCUUGCCGGAAGCGAAGCACAGCUGGGGCGCUCCCAUCCAGAUACCUUGACCUGGGUCUACAAUUUGGCGAAUGUCCUCAUGAAGCAGAAGCACUUCGCUGACGCGGAACCGUUGAUGCGGAGAGCCCUGGCGGGUUUCGAGUCGCACCUGGGAGCCGGGCAUCCGCACACGUUGAACAGCAUCCGUCGCCUGGCCAAGCUCUUGGAGGCGACCGGCUCCAUCGCCGAGGCUGAGGAGCUUUUCAUCAGAGAGUUGAACGGCAUGGAGGAGCUCCACGGCCCUGAGGAUCUGAAGACGCUCAGAUCGAUGAGCAACGUGGCACGUGUGCUGAUUGAGCGGGAGAAGUUCGCUGACGCAGAGCCAUUGAUGAGGAGAGCCCUGGCGGGAUUUGAAGCUCAACUCGGAGCCAAUGAUGCAGAAACGCUGAGCUGCGUCUAUUGCCUGGCAGAGCUUUUGGAGGCGACUGGCUCCAUCACCGAGGCUGAAGAGCUUUUCAUCCGAGAUUUCAACGGGAUGGAGGAGCUUCACGGCCCAGACAAUGAGGAGACCCGAGGCAGUCGCAGAAACCUGGAGCGCUUCCGGCGCAAGCACGGGCGAUCAGCAGGCUGAGGCAGCAUCUACCUCAUGGCCAAGGCACUGUGUGUGUCACCAUCGUUGCAGCCCAACGGCAUCCAAAGACGAACUAAGUCAUUGGAGGAUCCAAAGAGCUUGGCUUGAGU